CGUUAUAUUUUACAGAAUAAUGUGGUCGGCGUUUCUGGGGGUGGUGGCGUUGGCCUCAGUGGUCAGCGCAUGUACACCCAGUGUGACUACAGUGAGUGGGACCCACGCUCCAGUUACUGUUUGCUCAGGAGCGUUAAUCUUUUCUGAUGACUUUGAAGAAUUUGAUCUUGAGAAGUGGCAACAUGAGAACACGUUAGCCGGUGGUGGGAAUUGGGAAUUCCAAUACUACAGCAAUAAUCGGACUAACUCCUUCACUGACGACGGAAAGUUGUUCAUUCGUCCAUCGUUGACGUCAGAUCAGUUUGGUCAAGCAUUUCUAACGAGCGGUCGGCUCAAUAUUGAAGGGGGAGCCCCUGCUGAUAGGUGUACUAAUCCUCAGUGGUACGGGUGUGAGCGUACAGGUUCACCUUUAAACAUAUUAAAUCCCAUCAAAAGCGCACGUAUCCGUACUGUGAACUCCUUUAGCUUCCGCUAUGGAAAGGUUGAAGUCCGUGCCAAAAUGCCCGCUGGAGAUUGGCUGUGGCCAGCUAUUUGGCUUAUGCCUGCUUACAAUGUUUAUGGUACAUGGCCAUCCUCUGGCGAGAUUGACCUUGUCGAGUCUCGCGGGAACCGCAACAUGUUACAAAACGGCGUACACAUCGGAACACAAGAAGCCGGAUCCACAUUACACUACGGACCGUACCCAGACUUAAAUGGCUGGGAACGCGCACAUUGGUUGAGGAGAAAUUCGAAUGGAUACGAUCGCAACUUUCAUCGUUACCAACUUGAAUGGACUCCAGACUUCUUGAAGUUCAGCAUUGACGAUGUGGAACUCGGUCGAGUAACACCCGGAAGCGGCGGUUUCUGGGAACACGGUGGCUUCAACAGUAAUCCCAACAUACUCAAUCCUUGGCGAUAUGGAACCAAAAUGGCGCCCUUUGAUCAGAAGUUCUAUAUGAUCAUAAACUUGGCCGUGGGCGGUACUAAUGGAUUUUUCCCUGAUGGGAUAUCUAAUCCAACACCCAAACCUUGGUCGAAUAAUUCACCAACGGCUGCUACUGAUUUCUGGAAUGCACAAGCAGCAUGGUUACCUACCUGGGGACUCAACCAGAACGAAGGCAAAGACGCAUCUCUACAAGUUGAUUAUGUACGCAUUUGGGCUUUGUAAAUAACUAAUGUUAGGUAUAAAUAUAUUUACGAUGAAAUUAAAUACAACUUU